AUGAAUCUCUACACCCUUGCUGAUGGUCUCGGCGGUACCCACGUCACAUGGGAUGACAUCGAAGAGGACAUGCAAAGGGUAUUUGAUACUGCGGUCACUUUUGGGCCUUAUAAAUCCAUCAGGGAUAUUGGAAAUGGUCGAGGUUUCAUGUCCAGAAUCCUUCUUAUUAAUCCUGACUGGAAAAAUAUCGACAAAGAUCUUCCCAGAACCUUCAUUGUCAAAAUCGUUUCACAGCUGGCUAUGAUAGAGUUAACAUCGGACAUUGCAAAAAAUAAAAAUAUUGAAAACAGAUUCGACAGUGUGGAAAUGAAGGACGCCUUAGAGGUCAAGCAAAAACAGAUCCACAAUGUUGAAUGCACAAUUUACAGCCAUAUCAAGAAACUUCCAAAGGGAACGAUACCUUGCCCAGAGAUCUAUUACAUGCAAAAGUUCACCGAGAACAACCCUCUCAAAGGAUAUCUUAUCAUGGAGCAUAUCAAAGACUUGAAACCUGUACACGUCUAUCAAAAUAUUCCAGCAAAAGCUUUGAAGAAGGCACUUCGCGCAAUCGCUGCUUUGGAGGCAAUGUCUCUCAAAUUCACCGUUGAAGAGAGAAAUGAGCUAACAGAUAAAGUUUUCACCGAACUAUGGUCACAAAUGCUCAGUAAAGAUGUAUUGGGAAAUAUGAUGAACGUGCUUCGAGCAACAGCGUCGGAAGAAAACACCGAGAGGAUUGACAGGGUUGAAAAAGCACUGCCGGAUAUCGUAGACAUCGAAAAGGCUGACCACCUACCUGAGAAGCUUGGUAUGCGACGCGUCUUUUGUCAUGGAGAUUUAUGGACGGCUAAUAUGCUUUGGAAAGAAAGUAACGGUGAAAUGAGCGUAGCUGCAUUGAUAGAUUUCCAGACUGCUCAUAUGGGAUGUCCAGCUUAUGAUCUAGUACGACUAUUUUCUUCAUGUCUCAGUGGAAAGGAUAGACGAUUGCACUGGGAGGAGCUUGUCGAGGACUUUUAUGUGUAUCUAGAAGAGGAAGUUAGCGAUAUGAAAAUGCCAUAUACACUCGAGCAGCUCAAAGAAUCGUACCGUCAAUAUUUCCCCUUGGGUGGCUUUAUGGUAGUCAUAUGCAUUGGGCCGUUUUUUGAAGCGCUAUGCAAGAAUCCGGAUGAGGAACAUAUGAAAAAGGGUAUGGAAGUCGUUACAGAAAAGACAGAAUGCCUUUUGGAUGAUAUACUGUACUACCAUGAACGAAAUAAGGAGAUAGAAGAGAAAAAUUGAUGUAGACUUUUCUAUAAAAAGCUUCCAACAGAAUACGUAUCCAAUUUUGAAAAAGAGCACUUUCAUAGCAUAAUUCAAAAAAUAUAUGGCUUAAUUGGGAAGGAUACUUGGAUGCCGUAGCCAUU